AUGUAUCAGAGCCCGCGGCGGCUCUGCUCCGCCCUGCUGCACCGGGACGCCGCCGGCCUGCGCCGCCGGCCCGGCCCCGGCCCCGGCCCCGGCCCCGGCGCGCGCGGGCAGCGGUCCCCCUGGGCGGCCGCCCCCCGGCCCGCGCCCCCGCGGCUCCUGGCGGCGGCCUCGGGCGCGGCGACGCUGUGCGCGCGGACAGCCUGUUCCAUGGGAAACGGCACGAGCAGACUCUAUAGCGCUCUCGCCAAGACCCUGAACAGCAGCGCCGCCUCCCAGCACCCGCAGUAUUUGGAGUCCCCGGACCCAGAACAUCUGGAGCCCAUUGACCCCAAAGAGCUCCUCGAGGAAUGCAGGGCGGUCCUGCAGAGCCGGCCUCCCCGGUUCCAGAGGGACUUCGUGGACCUGAAGACAGAUUGCCCCGGUAGCCACCCGCUCAUAAGGGUCAUGCAGUGGAACAUCCUCGCCCAAGCUCUCGGGGAAGGCAAAGACAACUUCGCACAGUGCCCUGUUGAAGCACUCAGGUGGGAAGAGCGGAAGUGUCUCAUCCUGGAAGAAAUCCUAGCCUACCAGCCUGACAUCCUGUGUCUCCAAGAGGUGGACCACUAUUUUGACACCUUCCAACCCCUCCUCAGCAGACUGGGCUAUCGAGGCACGUUUUUCCCCAAGCCCUUGUCACCUUGUCUAGAUGUGGAGCAUAACAAUGGACCAGAUGGCUGUGCCUUGUUUUUCCUCCAGAACCGAUUCAAGUUAGUCCACAGCACCAACAUCAGGCUGACGGCCAUGGCCCUGAAAACCAACCAGGUGGCCAUCAUACAGACGCUAGAGUGCAAGGAGUCCGGUCGGCAGUUCUGCAUCGCAGUCACCCACUUAAAAGCACGAUCUGGCUGGGAGCAGUUUCGAUCAGCUCAAGGCUGUGAUCUUCUCCGGAACCUGCAGAACAUCACCAAAGGAGCCAAGAUUCCCCUCAUUGUUUGUGGGGACUUCAAUGCAGAGCCAACAGAGGACGUCUACAAACAUUUUGCUUCCUCCAGCCUCAACCUGAGUAGCGCCUACAAGCUGCUGAGUCCAGAUGGGCAGUCAGAACCUCCGUAUACUUCCUGGAAGAUCCGGACCUCAGGGGAGUACCGGCACACCCUGGACUAUAUCUGGUAUUCUAAACACUCUCUGAGUGUGAGGUCAGCUCUGGAUUUGCUCACUGAAGAACAGAUUGGAGCCAGCCGGCUCCCAUCCUUCAAUUAUCCUUCAGACCACCUGUCUCUAGUGUGCGACUUCAGCUUUAAUAAGGAACCUGAUGGACUUUCAUAA